AUGCCAGAUUCUACCUCCUCACAUCCACCCAGAAACCGUCCAGAUGCCACGGAAACCUCAGGACAGUCCUCCCAUCAGCCCGCCUCCUCCUCCCAACUCGCCGGUCUUAAGAUAAGACUUCACAAGUCUCUACGCCAGUUCCCGGACUUUCCUUCUCCCGGCAUCUUAUUUGAAGACAUCCUACCUCUCUUCAGUGAUCCUACCCUUCACCAAGACCUCAUCCAUGCUCUCGAGCUCCACAUCAAGACCAAUUACGCUCCAGGGCAAAGACCGGAUAUCAUUGUGGGCUUAGAGGCAAGGGGCUGGCUGUUCGGCCCAAGCUUAGCGCUACGCCUUGGAGCUGGAUUUGUGCCUGUCAGGAAACAGGGCAAGCUGCCGGGACCUACAGAAACCGCAAGCUAUGAGAAAGAGUACGGGCAAGACUUCUUCCAGAUACAGGCGGAUGCGAUCAAACAGGGACAGCUGGUACUCAUUGUAGACGACAUCAUUGCUACUGGUGGCUCCGCUGCUGCAGCUGGAUCACUGGUUGAGAGAUUGGGUGGUGUACUGCUUGGCUACGUUUUCGUACUCGAACUUGACUUCCUGAAAGGCCGCGAGAAGCUCAAUGCUCCCGUCUACACUUUGCUCUCAAGCCAGGAGGACAAGUCUGGAAAGACUUGA